CAUACGACAACACACGACAUACAUCACCGCGUUACUUCUGGUCAGUCUACACAUGACAAUAUGUAUACCUCCAAAAACAAACUCCAGACCUGUCAUCGAAGUCAUCAAUGAGCAAUCCAGAGUUGAUGAUAAGUUCAAACCUUCAGGUAUAUUGCCAUACGGGAAUCCUUUAGCUGGCAAUUCGAAGCAAAACGCUAGACUACAUGCACAAAAUCAGCAAGCGAUGUUCAAUGCCGAACGUGUAAGGCAACACAGAGCUCAGCUUCAGAGAUGGACAAAAGCGCCCCAACAAGAAGAUAGCUACAUGAAAGCAUACCACGAAAGUCAAGAAAAUCACCAAUUAGCUUUAGAGCAGCUACAUUUUAAAGAUAACAAACAUGUGGCUGUUACGAAAGCACCGCCAAGACCUAGAGUUAUACACAAUUCUAGACAGAGAGGAAUCAAAUCUGAUGAUGGCAAUGUUAGACAUAAUAAAAGAGGUAUCAAAGAUGAUGUAAGACAAGCGAAACGGAUGAAAUCUGACCUUGAUCUAGUCCAAAUAACAAAAGAAGAUGCAGUUUUGAAAGAGAAUACCAGAAACCAUAGAUCUCAUGGGUCUGUUGAGUAUAAACAAUAUUUACAACCUAAAAAAUUUCAAACCGUUAUCAGCCUUGCACCAGGACCUACUUACGAUCAAGGAGUAACUAUAAAACCUAAUGGAAACAAUGGAUUGAAAACGUUUCCAGAAAGUACUGCCAGCCCUGAAGAUUUAAUGCUAUAUACCGCAGCUAUACCAAGCGAAACACAUUACAUUUACCCUAAACAAUACGGACAGAUGCAUAGCUACCAAUCUGCUCAUGAAAUUGAUGCUCUGAAUUCGUUAUUGAAUAAACCAGCGACUGAACAAUUGACUGGAUUUAACGCCUUAAUCAACUCCGAAAAGUACUCAUUAGGAGAACCGACAAAAACUAGUCUAACCACUCCUAUAGAUCUAUAUUUCUAUAUGAAAGAUUCACAUACUAUUCCUAAAUAUGCUGAGCAGUCAAUAUAUGAUCAGAUACUUCCAACUUACGCCAGUGCUUACACAAAUCCUGUUAAGGAUCAUACACCAAUAACAGAGGAAAUAGAUGAUUUUGAAGAUCCUAAUAAAAAUAAUAGAUUUAAGCACUAUGGUGUACAACCAGUAUUGGCUACACAAGCAGAUAAAUCUAUAGAGACAACUACAACUAAAAAUAAUAAUUACUAUAAAGUAGAAGUUGCUAGUCAGACUAUUAGUGCCCCAUACAAACCUAAUGGAAUACAUUACUAUUAUAAAGAUGAAGAUAAGCCUACGUACGAAGCUUUGCAAUAUGCAAAACCUACGUAUUAUGGGCAAGAAACAGAUUCGAGUGAAAGAUAUUUACAUCAUAACGCUCAACAUGUAGGUAUUCAACAUUUAAAUGAAGACGGUAGUGGAGUUUCAGCGUACGGUGAUAGUGAUCUCCACUACGCUGCAAACUACGAAUUCGGCUACAGAGUACGAGACCACAUUAGCGGGAACGACUUUGGCCAUCGUGAGACUAAGCAUGGUUCGAAAACCAACGGCAAUUACCACGUGUUAUUACCCGAUGGUAGGAUGCAAAAUGUUAACUAUUCCGCCGGACCUGAGGGGUUCCAUGCUGAUGUUUCUUAUGAACAUUAACCUGUUCAAUGCGCGACUGCUUGUUAACUUGUUAAUACAUUCUAAAGGUCAACGUAAGUCAGUCUGCGCCUGCACGGACUAUAUCUUAACUUCACAAGGAAUUUAUAUGCAAACGAAUAUCAACAGAUAUAGAUUUCUUGCCACUUCUCCCGAUAUUUUAGAAUGGUCACAUGCUCUAUAGUCACGAAGUAAGAAGGUAGUCCUCGACAUUGAAAUGUGGUAUCCUAUACCUCUUUGAGGUAUGUGGAAAAGAAUAAUAAGUCAUACCAUGGUAAGAAACCUAUAACUAGUGAUAAAAGCUAAGUGAUCGUCUUAAAUCUAUAGUUAAUACAUAAUUGUGAUGCAAUUCAUCUGUAUCGUAUCUGUGAUAUGGCAUAAAAAAAGUGACGAUGCCACGUCGAAAGACUUCAAAAGAAAAGUAAGUUACACAAUAGCACCGAAAGGGAGGCAUUAUACUUACUAACAUGAAUCGGCGUUGGCGGCAGUAAGGCGUCUUUUUCGCUCUUAUUGCAUGAACAUAAAAAAAUUCUGACUAACUUCCGAUAAAUGUGGUGUCUGCCUAACA